CGUUGUGACACUUGUGGCAAGACCUUUUCUCGUUCAGGAAAUCUUAAAACCCAUGUACGAACCCAUACUGGUGAGAAACCGUACGAAUGCAACCGCUGUGAUAAGAAGUUUGCUGACAAGUCGGCUCUCAAUCGUCACCUGAAAGCGCACGACAAACAAGCUGCCGAACGUACGUUUACUUGUGCAACCUGUGGCGAAACCUUUCACAACCGCGCCCCUUACAACGCUCAUAUUCGCAUAGCUCAUCAACAACCCGCCGCUGCAACUAGAAAACGACCCGCCGCUAAAAACACAGACGCACCUGCUGCCAAAAAACGCAAGAAGUUCGCUGAUCCUGGUACUUCAUCAACUACACCGCAAAUCACAUCGCCCGGGUCCAGCUGGCAAGAAGAUCCUGUUCUCAUUCCUUCGAACCUUAUUCCUGCCGCGGAGGAAAAUAUCACCGACACGUACCGUCAACACUGGCCCCAGAUCCGUACCCGAUUUAGUCGCCGUAACCGUUUACAAGACUGGUACAAUUUCCGCCUGUCUUCGAUCAGUCCUGCUUCCCUCCGCGAACAACUGAACCGCAUCUUUGCUGAUCAGCCUACAGUUUUCAAAAUCAACUUUUCUUUUGGUUUUAUUCUCCGUAAUACAGAGACUGGGGCCCUCCAGUAUCAUCAUCCAUCCGCGAACAACCAUUUGGUGCUAGAACAACCGUUCCUGAUUUCAAGUCCAGACGAUUUAGAGCGCCUAUAUCAGCAGAUAGCGGAGAUCGAUUACUUGGAGUGGGUGCGACAGCAGAGACCAAAUUCAAAAUGGGUCGUGGAUCUCGUGACGAAUGUUACCUGGUUUGUUUGGAAGAUUCGAGACCACCCGAUUGGCCGUGGCAAAUAUCUACCAGGUUAUAUCGUGGACAACCUGGGAAUCACCCCACUCGAUCGAAACAUUCAAAGAGGUAAGCCUUAUGAAGAUAAUCUGUGUUUUUUUCGCUGUCUGGCCCUCCACAACGGUUGCUACACGAAGAAUUUAGAGAGGGACACGCAGUACUAUUACCAACAGUAUCGAGACGCCGGGUUAGGAAAAAAGAAGUUCCAUGGGGUCAAGCUGUCCGAACUAGACGAGUUGGAGAAAUUGUAUGAAGUGAAUAUUCAAGUAUACAGUCUCGCGCCUACUCAGAGCCACAGUAAAGACGAAGACAAUGAAGAAAAUACUCCCGAGAUUGCCGCCACCCUGCUUCGCCGCUCUCACCGCCACUACUCCAGCACGCUUUACUUGAACUUGUACGAAAACCAUUUCUCGUAUAUUAAAGAUCUCGCCCGGUACAGUAAAUCCUUCUGCUGUUCAAGAUGUGGCAAGUACUGGAAACGCGCAAGUAAUUUAAGGCAACAUGAGAAAACCUGUGACGGCAAAGUCCAGCUGAAGUACCCUGGCGGAGCUUACCAUGUCCCUAAAACUAUCUUUGAAGAAUUAGAAGACGAAGGUAUUGUCGUUCCUGAAGAAUGGCGGUACUUCCCUUACAGAGCCACCUUCGAUUUUGAAUGUUACUUUGACAAGAAGAAAGCUCAAGAAUUAAAGAACACUGAAAAGUUAACCUGGCAAUCCGCCCAUGUUCCCCUCAGUGUGAGUGUAUGCAGUAACGUGCCUGGUUACCAAGCACCGAAAUGUUUUGUGUCUAACGGCGACCCAAACGUGUUUAUUACAGAAUUUAUGCAGUACCUCACCAAGAUAAGCCUGAAAAGUUCUUCUAUUCUCAGUGAACAGUUUGCACCUGUGUUUGAAGCACUGAAGCAAGUACCUAACCGCGAUGACUCAACAGAAGACCAAUUAGCGCAAAUACUUGUUGAUAUCCAGGAGGGUAGUCAGCAAGCUGAAAGUGAAGAAGGGGAAGAUAAUGAUGAAGAAUUAAGUGACUACGAAAGAGAUAUCGAUUUGAUGGCAAGUGAUGACGAUGACGACGAGGAAGAAAUCGAACCGGAGAAUGAGGAAGAUCGCGCGUUUCUCAAUGAUGAGGUAACAGAAAACGACCCUUCCUUUUACAGAAGACUGAACGUUGAGUUGGAUACUGAGAGGAGACAAGAGAGGAGACAACAGCGAGAUGAGCUAGCCCAGUACGAAGAUGUGUUGUUUGGUCAAGAGCAGAUUAGCGACAACAAAGUCUUAACAAAGCUAGCUGAAAAACUGAACGCAUACUUACAAGAACUGCCCGUGCUAGGCUUCAACUCUGGCAAGUACGAUGUCAACGCUGUGAAAGAAUUUGUAUUUCCCUACCUUAUUGAGUCUCAACCCAUCAAGUUCACUGUCAAAAGAAACAGCAACCAUAUGUGUCUCAAGACAAACUCCUUAAAAUUUCUGGACAUUUCGAACUAUGUCGCGCCGGGUUUCAGCUAUGACCAGUUUCUAAGAGCGUAUGAAUGCGAGCAAACCAAAGGUUUCUUCCCUUACGAGUGGAUCGACAGCCUGGACAAGCUCGAAGAAACAUCGCUGCCCCCGCAUGAAGCUUUCUACUCAAGUCUGAAGAACCAAAACAUUACAGAAGAAGAAUAUGAGUACUGCCAGCAAGUAUGGGAAGAAAAUGAAAUGUCCACCUUUCAAGAGUUCUUAAUCUGGUACAAUAAUUUGGAUGUCGUUCCUUUCCUCGAGGCUGUAGAGAAAAUGAGUCAGUUCUGGCAGGAGAGAAAGAUCGAUAUGUUUAAAGAUGGCAUUUCUGUCCCUGGUUUAACCCUCAAGUACCUCUUCUCUUAUCUUUCACCUCAAACUUACUUCAGUCUCUUCGAUCAAGCGAACAGUGAUCUCUACCAUCUGAUCAAAGACAACAACACGGGCGGCCCAAGUAUUAUUUUCCACCGAUAUCAUGAAGCCGGCAAAACAAAGAUCAGAGAAGCAGAGGAAGGCGAGGCUGCUAAGCUGUGCGAGAAGAUCGUGGGGUAUGACGCGAACGCUUUGUACCUCUGGGCGCUCAUGCAAGAUAUGCCCACGGGAAGUUAUACGAGACGCCUGUCGGACAAUGAGUUCAAACCGAAAAGUUCUGUACGCAUGGCUAUUGAAUGGUUGGAAUGGGUGGCGCACAAAGAGGGAAUUCACAUCCGACAUCAGUUAAACAAUACAGAAAAGCGCAUCGGUGGUCGUAAACUGCCUGUGGACGGUUUCAACGCGCAGACGCAAACUGCGUACCAGUUUCACGGCUGUUAUUGGCACGGCCAUGACUGUGCUCUCAACCGAGGGAAAGAGUUUAACGAGAAACGCAAGAAACCUAUGGCUGAGAUCAGAGAAGAAACGAGAGCCAACACGGAGUAUAUCCGCAGCAAAGGGUACAACGUGGUGGAAAUGUAUGAAUGUCAGUGGAGAGAAAUGAAGAGAACCAACCGAGAACUACGGCGUUUUAUUGCCACCGAAGUGAGAAGAACCCUGGAUCAAGUCAAGAUCAUGAGUCCCGAACGAAUAUUGAGCGAGGUGCGACAUGAGCGUUUGUUCGGGUGCGUGGAAGUAGAUAUUCGUGUACCAGAUCACUUAAAGGAAAAGUUUAGUGAAAUGUGCCCGAUCUUCAAGAACACAGAAAUCAGCCGCGAUGAUAUUGGAGACUUUAUGAAAGCGUACGCCGAGGAGCACAACAUUAUGGCUCAACCCCGUCGCAGUUUGAUUGGGAGCAUGAAAGGAGAAAAAAUCUUGUUGGCCACACCCCUCCUCAAAUGGUACCUGGAACAUGGUUUAGAGGUCAUGAAAGUGCACCAAGUGAUCGAGUUCACCCCUCAACCCUGCUUCAAACCGUUUGGGGAUGCGGUGUCAGACGCGAGGAGAGCCGGAGAUGCGGACCCCAGUAAAGCCAUCAUUGCAGAUACCAUGAAAUUGGUAAGUUUUUUGUUUCAUUCUUUCAUUCAUAAAGGGAUGGGAACAAUAUACAUUUUCACGUAUAGAAAAAACUUAUAUCUUUGUUCAUCUCUCAGGUGGGUAAUUCAGGUUAUGGUAAGACGAUCACCAACCAACUGAAACACAGAAACGUGGAGUAUUGCAGUGACGCUCAGGCCAGCCGAAAAGUGAACACCCACCUUUUUCGUAAACUAGAAAACAUCACUGAAGAUACUUAUGAAGUGCAGUCUUGCAAAAAAUCCAUUAAAUUAAAUCUACCCAUUCAAGUAGGCUUUUUUGUGUACCAGUAUGCCAAACUUCGCAUGCUACAGUUUUAUUAUGAUUUCUUAGACAAAUAUCUAAACCGCUCAGAUUUCCAAAUGUGUGAAAUGGAUACGGAUUCAGCGUAUAUUGCUAUUGCUGGAGAGAGUGUGGAAAGUUUAGUCAAACCAGAAUUGAAAGCAGAGUUCGAAGCUGAUAAAUGUAACUGGUUUCCCCGUACCGACACUGCGGAACAUAAGGCCUAUGAUAAGAGAAAGCCAGGUCUUUUUAAAGUUGAGUGGGAGGGACAAGGAAUCGUGGGUUUAUGUUCCAAAACCUACUACUGUUUUGGGGCCAAAGAUAAGUUUAGUUGUAAGGGUGUCAAUAAGAAAUGCAAUGACAUUAACAAAGAUAAAUACCUUAAUGUCUUACUUACAAAACAGAAUAGUGCUGGGGUGAAUCGAGGGUUCAGAGUUGUAAAUAAUACUAUGUACACUUAUGAGCAAGUUAGGGAUGCCUUUUCGUAUUUUUACCCGAAACGUAAAGUUUUGGCUGAUGGAGUUAGCACCACUCCACUCGAAAUUUAAGUUUUCAAGUUUGUAAAAAAUGGAUUUUGUAAAUAAUUUUCAUUUUCUCAAGUUUGCGUAUAUAUUACUCUCAAAAUAGUUUUCCGAAAUAUUUAUAUAAGAUCGCCUCUAGUUGUAAAUACUAUUUUUGCCUAGCUUUUCACGGAUGUUUGUACAUAGGAAAUUAGUUUGUAAAUAAAUCAUUGGUUGAAUUUAAUCGUGGCUUGUUUCCUGACUCGACGCGCACGACUUACACGCGAGAUCUCCACGCGCGCCCAGGGGAAAAAAACACAGGGCUAAAAAGAUGCCCUUUCUGCCCUUUCUGCCCGAACUGCCCUUGAAAAUCAACAAUAAAUUUCGUGUCGCAAAUAGUUUUACUCAGUUGGUAUCUAACAUUCGCCCUGUCAGCAUGAAGAAACUAAAAUGUAAACACUGCCCCAUACCGGGAUGUCAUUCUAAAUUCUUAGUUCGAUUAGCAAAUCAUUUAACUCAAGUCCACGAGUUAUCGGAAAUAGAACGAAAAUAUUGGCUUCAAUUUGCAAAAUUACAAAAUACCAAUGUGAUUCGUGUGUAUGACAAGGAGGCUGAACCCAAAACAAUUUUUUUCUAUAAAUGAGAGUACGCACAAAUCAGUUAAUCAGUUGUGAUCAUGGACCCGAGAUGGAAACAUCCUUUCCCCGGGCUUGUGGCCGGCCCAACAUGUUGUGGGAAAAGUCAGUUUGUAAAACGUUUACUAGAAGCAAGAGAAGACAUGAUUGAUGGUGCCCCGGCAAAUAUCAUCUGGUGUUAUAGCAUGUAUCAACCAGCCUACGAUGAGAUGCUUCAAACUAUUCCGAACAUUAUGUUUGUUGAAGGAGUGCCUGGUGAUCUGGAAACCCUAAUUAAUCCCUCUAUGCGGAAUUUAGUCGUCAUUGAUGACUUAAUGCACGAGGUUAGCAAUGAUCAGCGAAUGACUAAUUUGUUUACCAAGGGCUGUCACCAUCGCAAUCUCAGCGUGAUCUUUAUUCUCCAAAACAUUUUUCAUCGUGGAAAAGAACUGAGAGAUAUGAGUUUGAAUUCUCAUUACUUAGUAGUGUUCAAAAGCCCGCGUGAUAGCAGUCAAGUCAAUCAUUUAGCAAGACAAAUGUUUCCCGGUCAUGUCAAAUACAUGCAAGAAGCGUUUGAGGAUGCAACAAAAAGGCCCUAUGGAUAUCUAUUUUGUGAUCUUAAACCGGAAACACCUACCGACUUCCGGCUGCGUACGAAUAUUUUCCCCGGGGAGACUCAGUACGCUUACGUCAGAAAAGUAUAAAAAGCGUGAACCACAUCAAAUUUCUUCAGUUGAGGAUGGCACAGCGACUUAGAAAGAACCACGAUUUUCUGAAACUGCUUGUCAAGUGUACACCAGCUCAGCGUAAAGCCAUUUUGAAGGUGGCAGACGACCCUUUAGUAAGAACCAUUUGUGAGUGUGUUUUAAACGUGCUUAAAGGAACAGUGCCUGUCAGUAAGCCAGCCAAGAAAAAACUUUUACCUCACAAGAAAUCUUUGAUCGCCUUAGCCGAAAAACGCACACCACUCGAUAAGAAAAAGAAAUUGUUGGUACAACACGGAGGAAAUUUUUUAAGUGUUUUGCUACCUCCCGUUCUCCGUGCGUUAAGUUCGAUUCUUACCUAAAAUGAAUCACACAAAGCGUAUGGUUCUCGUGCCCGAGAACACCUUGGAAAGAUUACAGCAGCGCCAGCAGAUUUUAACCCCACCCGUCACACAAACUCUGAGAAACUUGGAUAGUGAAAUGACCGAUAUUUUAUCCAGUAAAGAACUUGAUGAUGAACAAAAAGCUAGGCUUUACAAUCAAGUGUUGCAGCGGUACUUGACUUAUUACGAUCAGCGAAAAGGUCAACCUCUUCAUGUGAAAAUAUCAACCCCCAAAGCAGUAGAAACACCUAAACCAGAAGAAAAUGAACAACCUUCGGAAGAACCUGUCCCGGAAAAAUUCACUUCAUCAGCCGUAGAGGCAGAGGUCAUGAGAAGUGUACCCAAAAUUUACAAAGCCGGGGCUAGACAAUUGUUGGAUAAAAUUAAAGAGCAUCAAGAUGUAUUGCAUUGGAAUGAUAAAGGAGAGCUUUUGUAUGAAACCAAACCCAUUCCAGGUUCUCAUCUGGUGGACCUAGUCAAC